UCUCAUCUGUCAUUGUGCCGCUUUGGUAAGAUGAAAUUCUUUCUAGCACUCGUUGGGACCUUGCUUCUCGGAGGUGUUGUCCGAGCUCAAAGUACAGUGUCGCUGAAUGUGGCCGGCAAUGUUUCUAUUGCACUGGCUGGCAUCAACGCCACCAUCAGUACGCUAAAUAAUACACUUUUGGCGGCGGAUAAGAUAGUUCUAGCCUCGUAUAAUAACUGGGCAAACGCUUCUAUCAAAAACCUUACCGGGCUGCUCAACCGAUUUGUGAACUAUUCAACACUUAGUCUGGACUCAAUCAAUAAUUCCAUCACCAAUUUACAACAACAGUUGACCUACAGCCCACCGUUCAUGCUACCAUCAACCGAUUUUUCGAUAUUGAAUUUGUUCACAACUGUUUACGACACGGCGGCAAAAACUGCCGAUACUCUAAGCGCAGCAGCUUUGAAUCUAACAUCCUACGCUACCUGUGCUAACAGUGUCUCGCUAACCUGCUUACGAAAGUACGGAGCUAAUUUGACCGCUGCACCGAUCCUGAUGAGUCGUUUCAACGAUUGCCUAUCGGUAGAAAAUACCAGACUGGCUCAAAUUGGAUUGAACAUGAGCAUUGCAAUCAACACCUCCACCGCAGCCGCCCAAAACUUGUUCAGUCUUAUUUCGCUAUGCAAUGUUCCCACAGCGGCGGCCUUGAAUUCAACUAACCCAUACACCACACCCUCGAUAAAUUGUCUUACCACGUUCCUGAGCCAAAUUGGUACAUCUAACAGUGUUUCUUACAUCACCAUGGCCGUCGAUUCAACGCGCUCUUAUCAAACUCAAGUUGUGAACUUUAGGGCAACUCGAUGCGCCCAGCUUGUGCAGUACGACAUCCAGGAUACUAUUACGCGUGUGAACACUGCUUUUUCCAAAUGUUUAUCUACCGGAUCCUAGAUUUUCGGAGGCAUGUUUACUAGCUCAGCAACCUAAUUUAAAUAAUGAUCGAAUAUAGCAGACAUUACUAAGUAGAAUAAA